GAAAAAGUACUGAGAAUUUAAGGGUCCAAAGGCACUUAACAGUUACAGAGGGCAAAGACAUCCUUUGACAAGACACGUCCGGCGGCAGGCAAGAAAAGGGCUAUCCAAAGCUGAUAGCAAAAUCAACCCGGAAAGGGGCUGAAAGUGGGCGUGGCCCGCGGUGACUGGCAGGGGUGGGGCCAGGCUGGCCGCGCCCCUCGUCGCCGGCUGCUGGGCUUCGGCCGGGGUCCGCCGGGCACCGCGAGCUGCUCAAAGCCGCCGUCCCGCUCCCCUGAGGGUCGCGGGGACCGGGCCGCGCGCCGGCUCCGGGACGGACAGUCCACAAAGUUUGGUCCGUGGAGGACGAAGCGUCGAGCCCGGCAGGUGCGGCCGGGCCUGGCCGGGGCGCUCGCGGCCUUGCGAGCAAGCACCGCCGGGCACCGGUAAGGAGAGAUCAACUCUGAAGUUGGCAAGAGGCGUCACCCCUGUUCCUCUCCGCCGCGCGUCCAGCCCUGGCACCCCGAGCCUGGGUCGUUCCGGGGCUAUGCAGCCCCCACCCGGCGCGGAGCUUCCUGCCAGGUAGUCGAGCGGCGCCCCGGGACCCUGCCGGCACCCCUGUUCGACCCAGGAUGCUAUCGGCCCUCCCCUUUCUUCUCCUCCUCCUCGGAGGUGCUCUGGCCCGCCCAGACCGGAUCCCUUUCCUAAAUUCUGCUUGUGAGGCACCCCCAGCAGUACUCUUGGAAGUACAAGGCACUUUACAGAGGCCUCUGGGCCGGGACAGCCGAAGCUCCCCUGCCAACUGCACCUGGGUUAUUCUGGGCAGCAAGGAACAGACGGUAACUGUCAGGUUCCAGAAGCUGCACCUGGCCUGUGGUUCAGAGCAUUUAAUCCUGCACUCCCCACUACAGCCACCAGUCUCCCUGUGUGAGGCCCCUGCCGGCCCUUUGCAGCUACCAGGGGGCAAUGUCACCAUUACAUACAGCUAUGCUGGGGCCAGAGCGCCCAUGGGCCAGGGCUUCCUGCUGACUUACAGUCAAGACUGGCUGCUGUGCCUGCAGGAAGAGUUCCAGUGCCUAAACCACCGCUGCAUACCAGCCGCUCAGCGCUGUGACGGGAUCGAUGCCUGUGGCGAUGGCUCUGAUGAGGCAGGCUGCCGUUCAGAUCCAUUCCCUAACCCGGUCCCUGUGCCAACCCCGCCCUGCAAUCUCACCUUGGAGGACUUUUAUGGGGUCUUUUCUUCCCCUGGAUAUUCACAUCUGGCCUCAGUCUCCCACCCCCAGUCCUGCCUGUGGCUGCUGGACCCCCACGAUGGCCGGAGGCUGGCAGUGCGCUUCACAGCCCUGGACUUGAGUUAUGGAGAUGCCGUGCAUGUGUAUGACGGCGCCGGGCCCCCUGAGACCCCUCGACUGCUGCGUAGUCUCACCCACUUCAGCAAUGGCAAGGCUGUCACUGUGGAGACCCUGUCCGGUCAGGCUGUUGUGUCUUACCACACAGUUGCUUGGAGCAAUGGCCGGGGCUUUAAUGCUACCUACCAUGUCCGGGGCUACUGUUUACCUUGGGACAGACCCUGCGGCUUGGGCUCGGGCCUGGGGGCUAGUGAAAACCUCGGUGAGCGUUGCUAUAGUGAGGCACAGCGCUGCGAUGGCUCAUGGGACUGUGCUGAUGGCACAGACGAAGAGGGUUGCCCUGGCUGCCCACCGGGGCACUAUCCCUGCGGAGCUGCGGGCACCCCUGGCGCCACGGCCUGCUACCUGCCUGCCGACCGCUGCAACUACCAGACGUUCUGCGCUGACGGAGCCGACGAGAGGCGCUGUCGGCAUUGCCAGCCUGGCAACUUCCGGUGCCGGGAUGAGAAGUGUGUGUAUGAGACGUGGGUGUGUGAUGGGCAGCCGGACUGCACUGAUGGCAGUGACGAGUGGGACUGCUCCUACGCCCUGCCCCGAAAAGUCAUCACAGCAGCCGUCAUCGGCAGCCUGGUGUGUGGCCUGCUGCUGGUCAUCGCUCUCGGCUGCACCUGCAAGCUCUAUGCCAUUCGCACCCAGGAGUACAGCAUCUUUGCCCCCCUCUCCCGGAUGGAGGCUGAGAUUGUACAGCAACAGGCACCCCCUUCCUAUGGACAACUUAUUGCCCAGGGUGCUAUCCCACCUGUAGAAGACUUCCCCACGGAGAACCCCAAUGACAACUCUGUGCUGGGGAACCUACGUUCUCUGCUUCAGAUCUUGCGCCAGGAUAUGACUCCAGGAGGUACUUCUGGGGGCCGGCGUCGCCAGCGUGGCCGCUCAGUUCGUCGGCUGGUUCGCAGGCUUCGUCGUUGGGGCCUGCUUCCUCGAACGAAUACUCCAGCUCGGGCCCCUGAGACCAGAUCCCAGGCCACACCUUCUGUUCCCUCUGAGGCCCUGGACGACAGCACAGGUCAAGCCUGUGAGGGUGGGGCAGUAGGAGGGCAGGAUGGGGAGCAGGCUCCUCCACUACCCAUGAAGUCCCCCAUACCAACCCCAAGCACACUUCCAGCCCUUGCUACUGCCUCUGAGCCUCCAGGGCCACUACCCUCAGUGCCUGUAGAAUCAUCACUGUUGUCUGGAGUUGUCCAGGUCCUACGAGGCCGCCUCCUACCCAGCCUGUGGCCCCCAGGCCCCACUUGGACCCCAACUGGAACUCACACAGCAGUCCUGCCCCUAGAGGAUGAGGACGAUGUAUUGUUGAUGCCAUUGGCUGAGCCAGAAGUCUGGGUGGUUGAGGCAGAGGAUGAACCACUGCUUGCCUGAGAGACUCUAGACACAAUGUAUGAUCCUUGGAAGUGGUUCAGAAAGUUAGUGUCCCUCGAGCAGGGAGAGCGCUCACUGUGUGCACCUUCUGUAUCUGGUAAGAGACUUUGCCACCACCCUCUGCCCAGCCUGCUGUCCAGGUGGCUGUGUUAAGAAAGGUCCCAAAAAGGAUCCCAGGCUUGGACACUCCAUUCUUUCCAACUCCCCACCUAAAAGUGGCCUUAACUACUUACUAGACUGAUUGGCUGGAGAUCUAGCCCCCAAGGGGAGGAUUUGGCCAGG